GCGAAGUACAGUACUUUGGGGUGGUGGCGCCGAGGAUCUGCAAGAGCCCUGAUCUCCAUCUUUGGUCCAUCAUUCUGGUAGUUAACGUAGCUUAAUUUAUUAGUCUUUCUACGGAGGACAUCCAGCACAGACAGACGCGCGACGGGAAGGAUUCCUUAAGACACCCGCAGGCUUCUCAGGAGCAUUAAACUUUAGCUACAUAUGGCCUUUGCAUAUCGAUUCGUACUAUCUUUGUGACUGCAGUUGAGCCCAGCAAUAAUCAAGUUCAAAAGUACAUGCCCUGGACGGUAUAGCACAUCAUACCAUGACCAUCGAAGACACCGCCCAUUUCUCCAGUCCCGAAAGCCCCCGUUUGCGUCCACUUGGCGACGCGUCGUGCACCAAAUUUGGUCUUCCCCCCGUGUCCCUGGGUAGUGGCGGGAGUGUGUCGACCGGCCUUCAGCGCUUAGAUGUCGCCUUGGCCCUGCCGACGGAGCCGCAACCCUCACCUUUGGGACUUGGUUUGAGCCAGCGGUGUCUCUAUGAUUCCGCCGGCGGAGAUGGGCCUGCGGGGGGAGUUCAGCGCGGAGAGGUGACGGAGAUUGUGGGACCUAGAGCGUCGGGGAAGACGGUACUAGCGAUGAGUUUGGCCGCGGAGGUGUUGCGAUCGCAUCGGAGCGUUGUGUGGGUCGAUACCGCGGGCCCAAUGUGUCUCUCUCGCCUGGAGUCGUUGCUGCACGGCAAGGAGAACGUCACUGAGGACGGACCAUCCCAAGCGACGGGCAGGAAAAGCCAUCUUCUUCAAAGGCUCUUACACUUCCAUCCGCUCUCCCUGGCGCAUCUCGUGGCCCUGGUCUCCCAUCCACCCCGUGGGUUUCCGCCUGAGAACACAGGUCUGAUUGUGAUCGAUUCGAUUUCGUGCCUCUUUGCAGCUGAAUUCCGACCCAGACUCCCCAAACGACUCCGCGAGACGAAAUUAUCCCGCACGGAGCAGGCCAAGCUGGACAAGGAGUCGAGACUGUACUUCAACCUUAUUGGAAGCCUAGUGUCUGAUCUACGAAGACUCGCCGUUCGCUUCAACUGUGCUGUUGUUGUUAUCAAUGAGAUGGCCUCGCGGUUCAAACCAUCGACGAGACCGAUGCUCCACGAGGUUAUUUCGGGGUUUACCUGGGACGCUGGCGUUACGACAAGAGUUCUUUUAUACUGGCAUUGGCUGCCGUGGGAGAUGCGAGAGACAACAAAAGGAAAGGGCGUUCGGAUUGCGGAGGUACAGAAGGUUGGUGGAAUGACACUUAUGGGGAGAUCGGCGAAGCGGAUUGUUCCCUUUGUAGUUGGAAAGGCGAGUCCUGAUUAUUGAAUUCAGCUGAAUGAAGUGGGAAGGCGGGGCGCUUCUGCUGACGAUGACAUUAUCCAGACCGGUCUCCAGGAGUUUCUGGACGAGGAAUCUAUUUCCAUACCGUCCUCUAUGAAACAGAGUACGCCCCAUGGUGGCAUGGAAAAGCGGAAACUUGACGAGUUCGAUAGUACUCCGAGUCAUAGACCUAAGCUGGAGCCGACGAUCGAGAUCGUCAGUCCGGAUGCGGACGAUGACGAUGACGAAAUCCUCGAUCCAUUACCAGGUGCCACCGAGGAAGACUACGAAGUUCCAGAUAGCGAGAGCGAGUUCGACGUCGACGAAAUGAUAUCGAUUGGCUCCAGAACGCCGUCCAACCGAGUUGAACCGGAUGUGGAACUUCUUGUCCAGCAUCUCGACAACGAGGCAGUCUAUGAAUGACAUGACAUGACUGGAGCAAGAAGACUACAUGCAGAGUUAACGAGCGCCAUGCAAAUGGUCUCCCAUACAAUGCGCCCUGGUGGUCUCAUCCAUUAUCAACAAGGCACAGGGCCACGAGGACAUUCUGGAGGCAUACGCUUGCAUGUGGGUUGAAAGGCUUGUUGCUGCAUGACAGUAAAGACUAAUUAUAGCCCUGCGGAAUCAUCGGCACUGGGACAAGACAAGUCAGGUUUCCCCGAUGCUGUCAUACUCCCAGACCACGUUUCAAGCUAUUAUCGUUCAACAGCAAGGGCUGGCCUUAUGACUGACGUGGACCUCCGCCAUUUAGUUGAAUGCCAUACUCUCCUAUCACCAAAAAUAGUCCAGUGCUCCCAGAUGUUCCGUGGUCGUUUGCCUGACGGAUGGGGUUUUAAUUCUAGCAUUGCGCGUCCUCCUGGAUGUCUGUGAAUUUUUCGAUACUGGAUGGUAUGACGGGGCUCAGCUCAGGACAGAUAGCGUGAGGAUAUAUAGAUUAUCUCGACUCUGUGCUCCGUAGUGGUGACGGAGGAAAGGAUGGCUGAGGGGGCGAAUCCGGGGUAACGAGUAACAAAAAACGGUUGGGGUGGGCUCGGAGAAAGUCCAGAAUACGCCCGGAGACAACGCACAUUAUUAUCUUGAUGCCGAAUGGCCCGGGUUUGUGAUGCGAAUAAGCCCGUCGUUUUGAACGCGACUGUCAUGCCAGCAAGAAGUCAC